AUGUCGAAAUUACAAAUUUUAACUGAUGUAAAUGACCUCAAGUAUUUACGCGAUUUAUAUCGUAAUCAUAUUCCAAAUACCUCUCACGGCUACUACACGCUAACAAAUUUUAUACACUGGUUUGAAUCGAAUCCUAAUAUUGAUCAUGUCAAAGUUUAUGUGCUCGACAAUUGGAGGGAAAGCGGUUUGUUUAUUAUUUUGGAUCGUUAUCAAUUGUUUAUUAACACUUUAAAUCUGAAUGUGGACGAGUUGUUAAAUGCUUUGAAGUUGUGGGAUUGGAGUCGUAAAUAUAAAAUAUUCGCAUUGCCAGCACUUUUAUUUCCUGUAGUUGAAAAAACUUUAAGAGAGCUAAAUAUAAAUAUUAGAAUGACUACUCUUAAAAUCUAUCAAAGAGAUCGAAGUUGUGUAAACUAUAAUGAGAUUAGCAUUCCUAAUACACUGGUACUACGGCCCUUAUCGACUACAGAUGCCAAUCUAAUCAACGAUACAUGGUACUCGCGUCAGAAUGGCUCUUUAGAAUUUAUUCAAUCUUUAAUUACAUACAAUAUAAAUUUGGGCUUAUAUACAAAAUAUACAAAUGAAUUAGUGGCUUGGUGUACCAGAUGUCAGUGUGGUUUCCUAGGCACUCUUCAUGUUAAGGAUGAAUAUCGGGGACAAGGUUUGGCCACCAUAUUGAUUGAAAUGUAUUCUCGAAAAAUCAUUGAACGUGGGGAGGAUGUACGCACAAUGAUAAACGACAAUAAUUUAGUGUCGAAGACACUUUUUAGUAAACUAGGUUUCAAAUACCAGGAGGAUGUAUUUAUUAUGUACAAUGAGCCAUAAUUUCGAAAAUAUAGAAAAUUUAACCCUCUAACCCGCAAGGUGCAAAAAGGUGAAGAGUGCCUCAGAUCAUUGUUGCCGGUUUAGGUGUAAAAAACAAUAAUUAUGAUACGUUUUCAUUGGAAAACUAAUACAAAAUAUUUCGAAUAGAUCGGGUGACUAAAA